CAGCGAAAAUAAGUUUUAUAAAUACAAAAUGGCGUCUAAAACUGUCUUCCUGUUCUGCGCUCAAGCACUUUUUGUUCAGAUAAUCUCUGCUCAGUUUAUUGGUACUCCAUAUGAUGGCCUAGGCUGGGGUGCUGCUGGGAACGGUCUUGCGUGGGAAGCCGCUGCUGGUCCUUAUGGUGCCGCAACACCUUGCGCUGGACCAUGGAAUGCUGCUCCGUACGCCACCGCUGAAUGGGCUACUGGUUACACACCUGGUUCAUUUACUGUAUCUAAUGGUGGAGGUUUCGCUGUAACCAGUGCGUCUCCCAUCGGUGUUACUGGAGUAGCCCUAACGUCAGAAAACGCAUACGAAGGUCCUCUAGCAGUGACGGGUGCUUUACCAUUCUUGGGAGCUGUAGCAUUAGAAGGUCCUCUAGCAACAGCCGGUGUUGGUGCUGUUACAUACGGUUGUGGAAACGGAAACGUCGCGAUACUGAAUGAAGAUAUAAGCCUGGGUUACAAUGGUUUUGCUGCUCCGAAUGGACCAUAUGGAGCAGCAGAGUUAGGCUAUGGGUAUGGAGCUCCUCUGGCAUAUGAAGCCGGUCUUGCAGGACCCGCUUACGGCUACAGAGGAUAUGGUUGUGGAGGUAUAUACUAAGUUCUUAUAUUAAGAAAAAUAGUAAAAAUAAAUGUAUUAUUAGUUA